AUGGCGUCUAUGUCGGCAAUGGGCAUGUCUUCCACCUUCUCCGCCAGUACUCGUGUCACAUUGUGGUUUACUGACUGGACCACCACAACCACGGCAACGUACGUGCUGACCAUAUUCUUCCUCUGCUUUCUGGGCAUAUUCAACCGCUUCCUGGGCGCGCUGAAAUCUCAGCUCGAGAUGAAAUGGUCUGCGCAGCGCGAUUCUACAACUACAUCGGUUGCCACACCCAGUGGAGAAAAGCCAGAAGAGACCACCAAUCGUAGGCAUGCGCGGCAAUGGAGUCGAAAGCUGCGGUCGGAACCCAUCAGACUCGAAGAUCAAGAUGGGCAAGAGACAGAACCACUAAGCCCUGUGCCGCAGCUCUCUCAUACAGAGGAAGGCGGCACCAAGCGACAGAUGAGUGCAUCACGCCGGUUUUGGGUUGCCAAUGCACCGUGGAGCGUCAAGAAAGAUGGGAUAAGCGCUGCUCUGGAAUUUCUACGAGCGUUGAUUGGGUACAUACUCAUGCUGGCCGUCAUGACAUACAACAUUGGAUUCUUAUUUGCUGUCACUGGAAGCGUACUACUCGGCGAGAUGGUAUUUGGAAGAUACACACGAGGCUCUGCAAGCUUGGCCGAGGACGGCUGUCAUUCGUAA